AUGGUCAUAUUCAUCCUCCCAGUCGACUAUAUAUACAGGACGGCGGCUCAAGAACAGCAGCAAAAGCAAACUAAUAGUACCAAAAAGAUGAAAGAAAAAAAUGCACCAAAAAGAGGGUUAGGUAUAGCAAAGCUUGAAGAGAUUAUAAUGGAGGAAGAAAAGGAAAGAAGGUUAGUGUCUCUGUCACCAAAUCAUAGAGAUAUUACUUCCUCUUCUUCUAGUUUAGCUCCUUUGCAACAAUCAUCACCAAGUCAUGAUCUUCCUUCACCAAUUUCUAUGAUCAGACAAGCAACAAUUCCACCACCAAAUUUUGGUACUAUGAACAUGGCUUACGGUCAGAUGGGCUAUUCUGCCAUUCCGGUUUGUCCAGACCAUGUUGUUGGUGGUGGAAAUUGGCCUAAAGUGUGUAGUAAUGAUGAAUUCGCAGGCCUGGGUCAUCGUCAUCACCAUCCAAAUAAUCGUCAUGGAUUUUCUUACAGGUCUUACAUGGAUUUGCCUAUCUCAAAUGGGUUGCAAAAAUCUCAACGAUUUCGGGAACAAUUUUCUCCUUCUUCAUCCAUGUUGAAUAAUAACCACUCGGAAGCCGAUUUAGUCCUCACCCUGGCCCCCCCUGGGGCUGCUGCUGCUGAUGCUAAUGCUAAUUUCCCCCGAUUCAAAGGCGACGAAGGCAGUGUUGAUGAACAGAGUCCUAAGCUAUCAAUGCAGCCACGUUUAUUGAGCUUUUUCCCUGAAGCCAAGAACCAGAUUGGAGAAGUUGCACAUUCUUCACACAAUCCCAGUGGUGACAUUGGAGAAAAAGUUGAUCUCCGCUUGAAGCUUUAA